AUGAUCAUCACCCACACCAGGACCACCACCAUCAUCACGAUCACCACCACCACCAUCACCAACCACCGCCAUCGUAAUCAUCAUGAUCGUCGUCGUCGUCGUCACCAUCAUCAUCGUCAGCAUCAUCAUCAGCAUCAUCAUCAUCAGCAUCAUCAACAGCAGCAGCAGCAGCAGCAGCAGCAGCAGCAGCAGCAUCGUCGUCGUCGUCACGUCCAUCAUCAUCAGCAUCAUCAUCAUCAGCAUCAUCAACAGCAGCAGCAGCAGCAGCAGCAGCAGCAGCAGCAGCAUCGUCGUCGUCGUCACGUCGUCACGUCGUCUUCAUCGUCAUCAUCAUCAUAA